AUGAACAAACUCAGACUCAGUAAGUGGUUGGGCGCUGGCACGUCAUCUGACGCUGCUGAAGGCGACGGGAAGAAGCAAAACCGCCGCUUUUCCUCCCCUGUCUUUAUCAGAUCAGACGACAAACUCAAAGACGAGACUUUAAACGAGACGCCGGUUUCUAAAGAUGCCUCUAUCACAUCAAAGACUCCCAUUUCGUCGCCGUCGAGAUUGACGGAGCUUGCGAGGAAGAUCGCGUCCGAGACAGAAAAGCUUGAGAGGUACAUGAAGGAAAGCAACCUGCCGAUGCCCACUUUGGAUCCAACCGGGCCUGGCGAUUUCCCUAAGCUUCCCGAAGACAUUCAGAAAAGUCGCAUGGAGAUCAUCUAUGCGACUAGAGAACUUGAGGCUCUGGCCCAUGGACCCAGAGAAGAUGUCAGAUGGAAGACUUGGAGUUUCCAAGACAGUCUCAGUCUCCAACUUGUGAACCACUUUGGUUUGGCGAAGCUUGUGCCCGUUGACGGCACCAUCACACUCACGGAACUACAGUCCAAGACUUCGCUAGACCCCGUCAACCUAGCCCGCAUCCUGCGCCACGUGAUGACAAACCGCAUAUUCCGCGAGCCCUCACCCGGUGUCAUAGCUCAUACGGCGGCAUCACGCCUGCUGGCCGAAGACCAGGCAUUACAGGACUGGGUUGGUUACAACCUCGAGGAUAACUUUCCAGCUUCUGCACAUGUCCUGCAGGCCCUCAAAACAUACCCUGAAGCCACUUCACUAACACGCACCGGCUUCAACUUCGCGUUCGACACCGUGGAUAAGGAGCCGAUGUUCGUCACCUUUGGCAAGGACCCCGCCCGUGCUAAGCGUUUUGGCGGUGCCAUGCUCAGUCUUACUGGAGGCGAGGGCUACGAAGUCAAGUACCUGGUGGAUUCCUACGACUUUAGCGACAUUGACGCCAAAGGAGGGACGUUGGUGGAUAUCGGUGGCAGCCACGGGUUUGUGUGUGUAGACUUGGCAAACAAGUGGAAGAACAUGAAGUUCGUGGUGCAAGAUCUCCCCAAGACGGUCGACUCGGCACCGAAGCCGAUAUCCGAAGACACUCAAGUUGCUGAGCGAAUUGAGCUUGUGGCACACGACUUUUUCAAAGAGCAGACCGUCAAAGAUGCCGAUGUCUACUUUUUCCGCUGGAUCAUUCACAACUACUCGACACCCUACGCAGUCUCUAUCCUCAAAAAUCUAGUUCCGGCACUGAAGCCCGGCGCAAAGGUUGUCAUCAAAGACCACUGUCUUCGCGAGCCGGGACAAGAGACGGCGUGGGACGAGAGGAUCAUCCGCAGCAUGGACAUGGUCAUGCUGGCCGUGUUGAAUGCGCAAGAGCGCAACGAGGAUGAGUAUCGAAAGCUGUUUGAGGCGGCCGAUGAGCGUUACGUCUUCAAGGGCGUGACGCGACCCAAGGGUUGCCGGAUGAGCAUCAUCGAGGCGGUGUGGGAUCCGGAAGGGGCCAAAAAGGGGGUGGACACCGAGGCGCGGUCGAAAGAGCCCAUCCCUGCGGAGGUGGGGGAGGCAUGA